UGGAUGGACCAGUAAUCGGACACAGACAUGAUGAACUGGACCAGUAACCGGACACCGGCAGGAUGAUUGGACCAGUAACUGGACACUGACAGGAUGGUUGGACCAGUAACUGGACACAGACAACAUGGUUGGACCAGUAACUGGACACAGACAGGAUGGUUGGACCAGUAGGAGAAGAUAAAGGAAGCAUUUAGGGCGCAGCUAGAGAUCUUGCAGUUACCUGACUUUCUUCUGGGACUUUGAAUAACGCUGCUUCUGGGACCAGAUGUGUGCUUCUAUUGUCUGUCAUCAAAGCAUCAAAGAGCAUUUGCUGGCUUCUAAUUUCAAUGACAUAAGCAUUGUGGAGAUGUCGGCUUGGUGAGUUUAGGAGUGAUUUACAAAGAGAAGCUUUUCAGCAGAUGGAUGUAAUAAAAUCAAUAACAGAGCCAGUUGUAAGAGUGCGACUCCUACUGUUUGAAUUGGGGAACUUGACUGUCUAUUCCUCUUCAGCCUUAAAGGAGAACCUGAGCUGAUUGCAGCCACUGAGCUCUGCCUUAUAAUAAUAAUACAUGAUAAACUGUAGCUGUUAGUUCCAUGUACUGUACUUGCGUUUACUUUGUACACGCUACGUAGCCUGAACCAGUACAACCACAAACAAAAGUUCUAAAUGAGUCACAGUGUGUCUUGGAAGCAAAACAAAAGGCAAUACUGUACAUGUGAGUCCAGGUGAAGCAUGAGCAGGACAGGAAGCCGUGGCCCUAAACAGGCCGUGGACACGGUCACCUCUGCAUUUGAAAAGCAAAGCUGAACAUUUUACUCGUUUUAAUUUCCAGCCAUAAAAAGACUAUAUAAAUGUUUUUGUUCCCAAAUAUGAGGGGAACCAAUAAUAAUAAUAUAAUAAUAAUAAUAAUAAUACAUAAUCAUUACGUACGUUAGUGAAAGUCACAGAGGCUGUGACUGCACCAUCAGUAAUAACCAGGGUGUGAGGAACAUGUCCAUGGCUGCAGAUCAUCUGGAUUAAAUGACAGUUAAGCGAUGUACAAAAGUAUUUUAACCAGCUUUGGUGUAAGUUGAAGUCUGUGCAGGUCUGGACACAGAUGUAACACUCACAAAAGGAGCGUCAGCGGCUUUUCUGCGUUUCUGGGUCUGGAUUGUGAACACACUGAAGCGAGCGGUUUGAUCCUUCAUGCCCACAGUGGGGACUGUAACUCAGACUCUGCCUUUGUUUUGGCUGCAGGACUGGCGUGGCUCAGGCGUGUCUGAUGAUCAGGUACAACCCACUCACCUGGACUUUCAGUGGAUCCACGGGAGCCGCAUUGAGUCCCUGCUCUAAACUCAUUUCGUUGGAAAUGACUCAGCGCUCUCUUCAUUGAACGGGUUUGAGGUUUUGAUCGGGGCUGAAAGAAAACACACGCACGCACGCACGCACGCACACGCACGUGCGGUCAGUGUGCACACAGCAGGGUGGAGUCGACGCACAGGGAUUUGUUUCCUGCCCGCGGGGAUCAGAUCCUGAUUCCAUUCAUUGUGAGCUUUGCAGGGAAUUACGCAGCAUCAAACAAGGCUUGGUUUUGAACUUCUGGAAGGCAGAUUUAAUGCUGCCAUGAAGCGCACGUCACCGGCCGCGUCCCGCGUCCAGCCGACACCUCGAGCAGCGCGUAGGAGCGAGUGGCUUCGGAGCGCCCUGGCUCAUCACCACUGCCCCGAGGCCGGCGUGGAGAACGAGAUCGUGGUCCUGGCCACGGGGAUAGACCAGUACCUGCAGGAGGUCUUCCACCACCUGGCUCACACCAACCGGAACGACAUGGUGUCGGCGGAGGAUUUCACCGCGCUGUGCGACGUGCUGGGACUGAGCGGAGUGAGGAAGACUGUAGAAACCGACGAGGAUCCUGGAGAGGAGGAUGAAGAGGACGACGACUCCAGAGGCGUGUGUUCAGCGCUGCCCUGCCACUUGUCCUUCAAAGACUUCCACUCGCGGCUUUGCGGCUAUUUUCGCGUGCGCAGCGCGCGCACAGGUGCCGCACACUGCGCCCGGCGCAUGCCCGUGUCUCCGGACACGGAGCUGGUGGAGAAACAGAUCCGGCUCCGAUGGCCGCGGGUCCGGAGCAGGAAGUGUGUGACCUUUGAUCUGGGGAAGGACCAGAGCUUGGCUGCGAAGCGACCAGUUAACGGUGGAACUAGAGACGACCCCCAGGCAGAUGAGGUGUGGGCUCUAAGGGAGCUAGUGGAGGACCUCCGCUCGGUCCUGCAGGCGAGUGAUGCCCGCUGCCUGGCCUUGGAGGUGGCGCUCUGCCGGGAGAGGAGCCGCACCCCCUCGUCCUGCUCCAGACUUACCUCCUCUGAUCCAUCUCGCACAACUUCCAUAACCUUCAGAGCAGGAAAGCUGGUGCCUACACAAAGGAUCAAAGGACAGAGCAGUGGAGAAGGCGCAAGGAGGCGUGACGCCAGAGACCCUCUCCUGAGGGAAUUGAAGCUGAUCCGCUCCUCGCGUGACGGGCAGCUGGAGGAGGCCAUGAAAUUCAAUGAGCGUCUGGAGGAAGAAGUGCGCUGGGCGUACCAGGAGGUUCGCCAACUCCAGGGGGUGGAGGCCACACUGAGGAAGGAGAAUGCUGAAAUCAGGAGGAGGGCGGAGGAGGCUCGGGAGGCUCUGAGCAUGGGCUUGGAGAGGGUUCGUCUGAUCCAGGAGCAGGCUGAGUCCGUGCCACUACUCCGGUCCAGGAUCCACCAGCUGGAGACGCAGAUGCAGCAGUACAGAUCCUGCUCUACCUGCUCUGAUUCCACACAUCCAGUUGGAGCUGAAGACACCUGUAACAGGACAGCCGAGGCAGAGUGUCUGCAGAGAGCAGUGGAGGGCAGAGCCGCCUCCGAUGAAGAGGACGAGGACGCUGAGUCGUGCCGACUGCGUGGCUGCGUCAAAAGAUGUCAGAGCCAUCACUCGAAAGAGAAGGAAGACGUCAUCACCUCUAAGGACAGCAGGGGGCGCUGCUGUACCUGCAGGAGCCCAAGCCCAGAGCAAGGAAGCAAUAGAGGAGGUGAAAAGACAAAGACGCCUGAGGAAGAGAAGAUGCUAGAGGAGAAACUCACACAUGCUCUGUCGCUGCUGCUGCAGCUACGCAAGCAGAGCGUGUCCUGCAGGGAGCUGGGGAGCAUUGUGAUGGACACUCUGGACGUGUGCAGUGGGAGUGGAGAUGGCCCGUCUCAGGUGCUGCAGGUGGCGGACGCCCUGUGCCUCCGCUUGUCCUCCAGCGAGCUCCUUGGAGGCGGUGGGAGGGAUGAAGGAGGAGCUGGUGAGAGCAGAGACAAAGCACUACUUCCUGCUGCUUCUGGACAUCAACCCAGCAGCGUCAGCCCUCUGCUCAUCUCCUGCUGAAUGAGCUCCUAUUAAAACUGCUUGUGCAGCCGUA